GCGCAGAGCCGAGCAGUUGUACCGUUUGCCGCGUUUAUUCAUUCCAGUUCCGACCGGUAGUACGGACUCACAUAUUUUUUAAAUCACUAAAAAGCAUUUUUAUAUUUUAAAAAUGGAAUUCGUCGGCAAGAAAUACAAGAUGGUCUCUUCGGAGAACUUCGACGAGUUCAUGAAGGCUAUCGGCGUUGGUCUCAUCACCCGCAAGGCCGCUAACGCUGUCACCCCGACAGUGGAGCUCCGCAAGGAGGGAGACGUCUACAACCUAGUCACGUCAUCCACCUUCAAGACUACUGAAGUCAAGUUCAAGCCUGGUGAGGAGUUCGACGAGGACAGAGCUGAUGGUGCCAAGGUGAAGUCAGUGUGCACCUUCGAGGGUAACACCUUGAAGCAGAUCCAGAAGGCUGCCGACGGUAUGGAAGUCAGCUACAUCAGAGAAUUCGGACCCGAAGAGAUGAAGGCUGUGAUGACAGCCAAGGAUGUCACCUGCACCAGGGUCUACAAGGUCCAAUAAUCUGCUUCUUAAGACUGCGGGGCGGAGCCCUACCUGUGUCUAUACUGCACAACUACUAUAACUCUAUAAAUUAUGUCGUUAGGCUACUAGUAUCUACGUUCGUUCGAAUUUGUUCCUUAACAACUUGAAAUAAACGUUAUUUUUGUACUAUCAGUGUAUUUUGCCAAAGUUUUUUCUUACGCGGUGGCGUAAUUCUUCAUUAUUUCAACUGUUGUAUAAGUUUUUCAGUGCAUAUUUAAAUAAAAAACAGUUUUUGUAA